ACCGUCCACCAUAACAGAACGAAAAACACGGCCAAAAAACGGACAUCUUUUCGGUAUAAAGAGCGAACGUUCUACGAAUUCGAAUCCGUUCCUCUCCCAAUGAAAGGCAUUCGAUCUGUUCAACACCGCCCCUUCGUUCUAACGCCUUGAGGAUUAUACACGAUCUUAUCCUUUGAAAAGCGUACAAAAUUGAUUGCAAACUGUCCUUUUCAUCUAAUCGGUCACUUCGUCAAGCUCCUAGUCUUUUCUUUCUCUUAACCAAGAUGGGAUUCAAAGACCAUAUUCGUGUCGGGAGGCAUCCCUCACCCGAUCUUCUACCUUCACCACCCGUAACGCCUCAUGACUUCAAAGCAAUGCCAGCUGGCACGGAUAAACGUGGUCGUUCGGCUCACAAAGACGAUUCCGCUUUGCACACCCAGUCAUCUGCCAAUGAUCCAGACUUGACAGGCAAGCAACCUAAACGAUCCUCAAGCUUUGGUCGUAGCCUUGGCGGCUUGCAAUCUCUGGCAAAUGGAAUGUCGCGGGCUGGCGAAAGUUUGUCACGUAAAUCAACAAAUGUUGAAGGUGUAAACACACCAAAUACGCAUGCGGCACCGACCAAUGUGAUGGGACCACCAUCUAUGCCUGAUUCGUCCCAUCUGGCGCAAUACUCUCUCAAAUUGAGUGAAUUGGUAAACAAGGCUUUCUUCCCAUGCACGGCCGCUGGUGCAUCUUCCAGUCCAAAUUCGAGCGGAUUAGGCGCAACUUCCUCUCUUGCCGGCGCCGCCAAAAAUGCAGCAGCCAAAACGACUGGCACAUCUGCAUUCUCUGUGCCAGCAUUAACGUCAAUCAUUUAUGAUGGGAAGAGAUUGCCAAGUAAGGCUGUAAUCAACGAGAUUGCAAUGACUGUUGUGGCCGAACUGGAGUACGCUUCCAGUGUUGAUCCUUAUCUCUUACGCGCCGUUUCUCGUCAAUCAUUGAAAGCUUUGACGAUGUUUGCAGAUCGAAUCGAUUCUUUGAUCGUCACCCCGUCCAAAGAUUCAUCCGUUCUCUACAUUCCUUCCACAGCAAAGGAAUCCGUUCAUUUACCAGCCGCAUUAGAGUUCAACUUAGGACUCAUUUCCUUGGAGUGGAUCGUGGAAGAUGCGCUGGAACGUUGCAUUGAAGGACCGCCUGGUUCCAUUGAAGAUGGUUUACCGCAUUUCGUUUCCGAAAUCUUGACGCCGGUACGCAAAAAGAUGGAAACGACAAUCUUGCACGUCGUCCAACCUUUACUGGUCAAUGCCAAAGCAUCUCUCUAUUCAACAAUCAACAAAUCUGUCUUGGCGCCUUUUGCUGGCUUUGGUCAAAAUUUGACUCCAAUCUCUUCUGCGAAUGCAGCUGCAAUGACGCCCGGCUUGAUGUCACCCGGCACGGGACCGACAUCUCCUCCAGUUGCUCCAGCAAAUUCUGCAUGGCUCAAAGAAUUGGAAGGUAAAGUGGAAGCCACGAGAAGACUUUUGAUUCCUCGAUUAGCCGAUCGAUGUGGACAAGAUGGCGAGGGCUGGUUUAUUUCCGUAGCCAUUCAUACCAUUUGGAAGGGAUUGCUGAUUUUAACAAGCAAGAGUUUGCCCGUUCCAUCCGCACUUCUGUCCAAAUUCUCAAAUGGUUUGAUCGCCCAUCCGAUUCAAGCAUUUGCGGCAGAAGUGAAUAAACGUGCACCUAGUCCGGCACAACUGACGUCUGCCUUGAAAUCUGUCAGCGUGGUAGGCAGGGCAAGAAAGGGAGCAGAUACGAUGGGUACACCUUCUGGUACCAGUACUCCAUCUAAUCCGCACUUGGCGAACAACACACCUGGUGCAACGCUCAGUGUAGGAGCAAGAGCCAUUACAGCACACAUCUCUGAUUUGCAAGCAUUCGAGAAGCUGAUGUUGAGACUGGCAGCAGGUUUUGGAGUUCGAAAGGAUGGCAUCAAAAGCGGCUCAUCUCCCAACGAAUACGGAGAUGAUUCAAGUGACUCUGAAAGCGAUGAUGAUGAUGAGGAUGAGUUGGCAAGAGCAGCUUUGGCCGAGGCAUUGCAAGCGAUCAGGAGCACAAUCUUGGUAGCACAAUAUCUUGAUGUACAACCAGAGGCAAUCUUGGAUGCAACAAAACGCACACGCGGUCGCUCAAGUCAAAAUUCAAAUGGUCAAAUUUCAUCCACUUUGCCUUCAGAAGUGGUUCAUGCGGCCAAAGCGAUUCCAUCCUUGUUAUUGCUUCAACUCGUUUAUGCACGCAUGCCUACUCACUUGGGCGUCUUUGCCCUUCAAGCACGCGAAGACGGUCCAGCAGAAGCCAUUGUACCAACCCCUCCAGCUGCUUUCGGAUACUCGUGGACGGAUUAUGAACGAGCCAUUGCCGGUUUUGCAGGCGGACAAACAUGGUCAAAAGCAUUGGGAGAAGCAUGGCGACAAGAUGUUCAAGAAGCACAAGUUGAUAUUCAAGAGCGUAAAGAGGAGAUUGAAAAACAAUUUGCUACCAAAUCACGCCCAAUUCAACUUUCACCUGAAAGUUUGCCGACAGUAGACGGAACUACAGAGGCCACACCCACGCCAGAAAGUGUUUUAAUGCAAAGAUCAAAUGCAAGUCCGGCUAUGAGCGCUGGCGGUGGAAGCAGUAAUGAUUCUUUGCCGGAAAUGAUGACGAAAUCAGCACCGGAUUUGAAAAGCGGGGAAGCAGGUGCUGCGUCAUUGAAACCGGUUCGAUCCCUCAAAGAUUAUUCACCAAAGCUUGGAUCGAAUGCACAAUUGCAAUUUACCCAAAAAGACAGACCAACAUGGUCAUUCAUUCGAUCAGCUUCGAGAAAGGUACGAUCUGUUUCGGGUAGUGAAAAUUCUUCACCUCAAAAAACACCAGAUGCAUCUCCGCCUCAUACACCUGCUCUGAAUGCUACCCGUCCAGUCGGAGAUGUGGCAAGUAUGGAUAUGAACGGUGGAAAAGUUGCAACCCCACAAACUACAUCUUCGCGUAAGUUUUGGCGUACACCAUCAUCGCAAGGAGGUCAAUCAAACGGGGCUGGCACAGGCGGUGGAUUCCAUCUGCCUACGCUCAAUAGUGUCCGUUCUGCUGUCUCAUCUCGUGAUGUUCAUCCUCAAAUCGAUCAAAAUUUCAAUGCUGCAAACACGAUGAGCGAAUCGGAAAGAGCACAAGAAGAAAUUCGAUUGGAAAGCGAAUGUGUUCGUUUGCUCACACGAGCUUUGGAUGCCGUUCAAAUUCCUUCUCGUUCAAAUAGUACUUCUGUAGGUGUAUCUACUGCUGAUGCAAACAAGGAAGUUGCAACAGCAAAUGCUGCCCAUUGACUAGAUCAUGACCACUUUCAUAGCAUCAUAUGCACCAUAUCUUUUCUCUUUUUUAGUAAAUUUUCACGAUGUACAUUAUACUGCAUUUCAUAUCACUUCCGUAUGAAUAUAGACAUGAUUUCAAUUUAUACCGUUUGUCAUUGUCAGAGAGCCAUUCAAGG